UCAGUCAACCAGUCACUUCCUGGUUCUGCUGGUGACAAUGUGACAGUCAGUAAAAUCAGAAGAGUAGCGAAGCUCGUAUAUAUUUCAUUCAAGGGAAAGAAAAGUCCGGGUGGGUCCAGUCAGUAUUUAGAUGGCAUGGUGGAGGGAGUGGGCGGGGCCGAGAUGAGUGCUGACCCGCUAUUGGAGGAGACCCUGAUCAAGCGGUCUCAGCAGAAGAGGAUAACGUCGCCGCUGAACUACAAGGAGAGAUUGUUUGUUCUCACCAAGACAAAGCUCACGUAUUAUGAGUUCAGAGCAGAGAAGAAGUUUAAGAAGGGGUCCAUCGACCUGCAGAAAGUCAGGUGUGUGGAGAUCGUGAAGAAUGGAGGAGGAGUCAUACCCUGUCAGAACAAAUACCCCUUCCAGGUGGUGUAUGACUCCAGUACUCUCUACGUGUUCGCUCCCAGCCCUGAGAGUAGGAAUAUCUGGGUCCAAAUUAUCAAGGAAGAGAUCAAGGACAACUCUGUGAUCGUUGCUAAGUUUCAUCCUCAGUUUUGGCUGGAGGGGGUGUGGCUGUGCUGUCGUCAGACAGACAAACUGGCCCCGGGAUGCGAAAAGUACAAUCUGAUUGGAGACCUUUCGAGAAAACCCCUUCCCCCCAUUCCUGGAAAGGAAUGCACAGAAAAAUCUCGUCGGCCUCUCCCUCCCCCACCUCCCGUACACGACCCUGAUGACGACGACGACGAUGAUGAUGGUAGUAGUGUUGAGGAGGAGGAGGAGGAGGAGGAAGAGCGACAGGAAGUUGUAAUAGCCUUGUAUGACUUCAAUGGUCCUGAACCACAUGACCUGAGUCUUACCAAGGGAGGAGAAUACGUCAUACUGGAGAAAUGUGACAUCAAUUGGUACAAGGCCCGCAACAAACACGGGGAGGAGGGCUACAUCCCCAUCAACUACGUGACAGAGAAGAAGUUGGGGAGCCUGGCGCAGUAUGCCUGGUACAGUAAACAUGUCAACAGGGUCAAAGCUGAGGAACUACUGAGGAGAGAGGAUAAAGAGGGAGGUUUCAUGGUGAGAGAUUCCAGUAACCCGGGAACCUACACGGUCUCUCUGUACGCCAAGACAGCAGGCGGCGCAGUUAUAAGGCAUUACCACAUCAAGGAGACAGAAAGCUGCCCCAAACAGUUCUACCUGGCUGAGAAACACCUGUUCACCUGGAUACCUGACCUCAUAGAGUACCACAACCACAACGCUGCAGGUCUAGUAGCCAGGUUGAGAUAUCCAGUAAGACAGAAGGAUGGAUUGGCUCCCUCCACAGCAGGCUUUAGCUAUGAGAAGUGGCAGAUCAACCCUGUUGAGUUGACCUUCAUGAAGGAGCUGGGUAGUGGCCAGUUUGGGGUGGUGCGGCUGGGGAAAUGGAGAGCUCAGCACAAAGUAGCUAUCAAGGCUAUCAGAGAGGGAGCCAUGUACGAAGAGGACUUCCUGGAGGAAGCCAAGGUUAUGAUGCGUCUCUCCCAUCCUAAACUGGUGCAGCUGUAUGGAGUGUGUACCCACCAGAAGCCCAUGUACAUUGUGUCUGAGUUUAUGGAACUGGGAUGUCUGCUCAAUUACGUCAGGCAGCGUCGGGACACCUUCAGCCCGGGGUCCUUACUGAGUAUCUGUCAGGACGUCUCGGAGGGGAUGGAAUACCUGGAGGCAAACGGCUUCAUACAUAGAGACCUGGCAGCGAGGAACUGUCUGGUGAACGAUGCUCUGGUGGUGAAGGUAUCGGACUUUGGAAUGGCCAGGUACGUGCUAGAUGACCAGUACACUAGUUCAUCAGGAACUAAGUUCCCAGUCAAGUGGUCUCCCCCUGAAGUCUUCAAUUUCUGCAAGUACAGCAGCAAGUCUGACGUUUGGUCCUUCGGUGUGUUGAUGUGGGAGGUGUUUACGGAGGGGAAGAUGCCAUUUGAACACAACCCCAACCACGAGGUAGUGACGAGAGUGUCACAAGGACACCGUCUCUACAGACCCAGGAAGGCCACGCCCAACAUCUAUGACAUCAUGCAGCUCUGCUGGCACGAGAGAGCGGAGGAAAGGCCAUCGUUCUCUCAGCUCUCCAUCUUGAUCUCCGACGCUCUGGAAGAGGACGGCUUCUCCUCAGCCUGAACCGACCAAUCAAAUCCUCUCCUCUGCCUGAACCGACCAAUCAGAUCCUCUCCUCUGCCUGAACCGACCAAUCAGAUCGCAACCACCAAUCGGAUCUCCUCAGAUCUACUCGAUGGAGGACUGCUUGAAUAAGGAUCCGAACAUUCCACACCACUCUGUAGUGAUGGAUCUCUCAAGAUGGUUGAUCGCGAUGGAUUAAGUUAGACAGAAAGCUCACGUCCAGAUACCACAUCCUGUUUUACCUCUUCUAUCCUGUCUGACAGAAAGCUGGACUGUCUUCAUUCUCUCCAGUCGUUUUUGUAAUUUAACUGAACUAGCUCAAGCCCUUUGCAUUACCACCACACAGCCAGUCCUGUUAGUCUAUAGUACAGUAGGUCCAUCAUCGUGUCUUAACACAGCCAGUCCUGUUAGUUUAUAAUACAGUAGGUCCAUCAUCGUGUCUUAACACAGCCAGUCCUGUUAGUUUAUAGUACAGUAGGUCCAUCAUCGUGUCUUAACACAGCCAGUCCUGUUAGUUUAUAGUACAGUAGGUCCAUUCAUUCAUCGUGUCUUAACACAGCCAGUCCUGUUAGUUUAUAGUACAGUAGGUCCAUUCAUUCAUCGUGUCUUAACACAGCCAGUCCUGUUAGUUUAUAGUACAGUAGGCCCAUUCAUUCAUCGUGUCUUAACACAGCCAGUCCUGUUAGUCUAUAGUACAGUAGGUCCAUCAUCGUGUCUUAACACAGCCAGUCCUGUUAGUUUAUAGUACAGUAGGUCCAUUCAUUCAUCGUGUCUUAACAGACAGUCCUGUUAGUUUAUAGUACAGUAGGUCCAUUCAUUCAUCGUGUCUUAACACAGCCAGUCCUGUUAGUUUAUAGUACAGUAGGUGCAUCAUAGUGUCUUAUCACAGCCAGUCCUGUUAGUUUAUAAUACAGUAGGUCCAUCAUCGUGUCUUAACACAGCCAGUCCUGUUAGUUUAUAGUACAGUAGGUCCAUUCAUUCAUCGUGUCUUAACACAGCUAGUCCUGUUAGUCUAUAGUACAGUAGGUCCAUCAUCGUGUCUUAACACAGCCAGUCCUGUUAGUUUAUAGUACAGUAGGUCCAUUCAUUCAUCGUGUCUUAACACAGCCAGUCCUGUUAGUCUAUAGUACAGUAGGUCCAUUCAUUCAUCGUGUCUUAACACAGCCAGUCCUGUUAGUCUAUAGUACAGUAGGUCCAUUCAUUAAUCGUGUCUUAACACAGCUAGUCCUGUUAGUUUAUGGUACAGUAGGUCCAUUCAUUCAUCGUGUCUUAACAGAGCCAGUCCUGUUAGUCUAUAGUACAGUAGGUCCAUCAUCGUGUCUUAACACAGCCAGUCCUGUUAGUUUAUAGUACAGUAGGUCCAUUCAUUCAUCGUGUCUUAACACAGCCAGUCCUGUUAGUUUAUAGUACAGUAGGUGCAUCAUAGUGUCUUAACACAGCCAGUCCUGUUAGUUUAUAGUACAGUAGGUCCAUCAUCGUGUCUUAACACAGCCAGUCCUGUUAGUCUAUAGUACAGUAGGUGCAUCAUAGUGUCUUAACACAGCCAGUCCUGUUAGUUUAUAGUACAGUAGGCCCAUUCAUUCAUCGUGUCUUAACACAGCCAGUCCUGUUAGUCUAUAGUACAGUAGGUCCAUCAUCGUGUCUUAACACAGCCAGUCCUGUUAGUUUAUAGUACAGUAGGUCCAUUCAUUCAUCGUGUCUUAACACAGCCAGUCCUGUUAGUCUAUAGUACAGUAGGUCCAUCAUCGUGUCUUAACACAGCCAGUCCUGUUAGUUUAUGGUACAGUAGGUCCAUUCAUUCAUCGUGUCUUAACACAGCCAGUCCUGUUAGUCUAUAGUACAGUAG